AUGGAAUCGGACCCAGAUCAUGUAGAGCACAUCUGGAUCGUCACUGGCCCUGCAGGGUGCGGAAAGACCACUGUUGCUCAGCAUUUGGCUGAAACGCUGGGACUACCCUAUGUUGAAGGCGAUGAUUUCCACCCUGUGGCCAACAAGCAAAAAAUGGCCGAGGGCCAUCCUCUCACAGAUGCGGAUCGGUGGGACUGGUUGAUCACUCUCAGAGAGGAAGCCAUCAAACAGCUCCGAACGAGUAACUCCGUCAUUGUGACAUGCUCUGCGCUUAAGCACAAAUACCGAGACGUCAUUCGAGUGGCGAACUACGAGCACCCGUCAGUACAGGUACACUUCAUCUAUCUCAAGGUCGACGAGCAAACCCUGCAACAACGCGUCAAGGAACGGGUGGGUCAUUACAUGAAAGAAGGCAUGGUACAUAGCCAGAUGGCUGCGCUCGAGGAACCCGAAGAGGACCAGGAGUGGGAUGUUCUUCGUGUGGAUGUGAGAAACGACAAGGAAGAGGUGCAGAGAAACGCACUGGCUUUGGUGCGACAAAAGCUGAAGGAGUACGAACACGCCAACGGUGUUGCGAACUAG